GUGCGGAUAGCAAAACUACUUUUGGAAAGGAAAGAUGUCCACACCACCACACCAGACAACAAGAACCAAACGCCACUAUGGUGGGCUCUCUCCGAAGGCCAUCACGAAGUUGCGAGGAUCCUACAGGAAUCAGAAAAUAGCGGUUCCGGUGGAACUGGUCCCGGCGGUAACGCCUUAUUCCCGCCCCCUGCAGGGCGUGAGGACAAGUCCGUCGCGGAGAUCCAAUUCCAAGCACAUGAUCCUAACACCGACAUCACAAACCCCUUGUCGGUAGUUCUCGGUGACCAGGAUGGGAUGCCAGAUAUCAAUGGUUCUGUUCCUACGUCCGCAGAUAAUGACCUCCCAGCCGAACCACCCACCCCACCCCAACCCCCUUCCAUCUACCCUCUCGGAUCCUCACACUCACCAAACAAAAUCGACACCCAUCCCAACAUCAGACCAACCCUCUCAAUUGCUGUCGACCGCUAUAUCAUGAUCGCCUCUUUCGUUUGUCUUUUAGCUGUCCUCGUUUACAUCCUUUCUUCUUCGCCAGACCUAUUCUCAUUCUACAAAUAGUCUCUACGUAAUUCUUUGGUGAGGGCAACACAUCUACUGAUUAAAUGUAUCGUAAAUAGACCUUUCUAGUAUCGGCGUUUUUUUCUUCUUCACCUGUUCCAGGUGACGGUUUGCCACUUAUAAACAUAUUUUUUUUCAUUUUUUAUUCUUCGCCUUUUUUUCCUAAGUGUUCUACCCAGAAUUUAUCCAUAUCCUCGUGUUUCUCUUCCUUCAUCGUUAUUUUAACAUCUAUCAUAUCUUGUGUUUUGAGGACACCACGACCCUCAACCGUCAAUUAGCAUCACUGGUUGACCCCAAACCUCCAGAAUUUCAUUC